GCCAACCCCACCUCACAAACACGCACUCCCUCCAUUAAACAUGUGUGUGUACGUGUGUUUGUGAGUGUCCUCCCCUCAGUUUCUCCAUGGCUGAACUGUGGCAGCGAGCUCUGGCUUUCCUCCACAUCAUUUGUCUUCUCUACCGACCAUCAGGUGCUCUUCGCUGGGAUGACAGAGCCAGCCCAUCCCUUCUGGAGGUGGUGAAGGGGAAUUUCUCUCGGACCUUCCUUCGUGUGGGCUACCAUAAGAUUGCUGAAAUUCCUGCAGGAGCACGAAACAUCACCGUACAGGAGACAGUGAAGAGCCGAAACUACCUGGCUUUGCAGACCCAAACUGGAGACACCAUCAUCAAUGGGAACUGGGUGAUUGACAGGCCUGGGAUCUACACUGCUGUGGGAACACAACUGACGUAUCGACGACCCAAUGAAAUCCGCUCUCGCAACGGAGAGUCCAUCACUGCACCUGGGCCGCUCACAGACGAGCUGCAUGUUUAUCUGAUCUACCAGCAACCAGGUCCCAGUGUAUACUAUGAAUAUAGUGUUCCUGUACGUAACACACAGCCAACUCCUGAACCAGACUCUCAUAUACUUCCCCUCGCUGAGAGAGUAGAUCCAUCCAAACCAGGUGAGAAAGGUGAAAUCAACGGUAAUGACAUCACCAAGGAGACGUCCAAGCCCAACCACGUUCUCCCUGACCACAGUGUGACCUCUCACCCUCAGACCACUUACACCUGGGCAAAGAGUGGGCACACAGAGUGCAGCACAACAUGUGGCAAUGGUAGACGUCAGGUGCUGUGGAAGUGUGUUGAGAAGGAUUCACAGGUGACUGUCCCCACUGACCACUGUGACCCUGGCCUUCAGACAAUACACCAGGAAGAGGACUGCAAUGCCCAGCCCUGCCCUGCAUACUGGGAUGUGGGGGAGUGGUCAGAGUGCAGCAAGAGGUGUGGCCCCGGCACUCAGCACCGCCAGGUCAUAUGCCGUCAGGUCACACAGGUCCAUGCCAAUGGGACAGAGUCCUCGGUUACUGUGGCACCAGAACUGUGCGGGAUGUCCGACAAGCCAGUGACUAAGACAACCUGUCAGUUGAAAAUAUGCAGCCAGUGGGAGGUUCAAUCAGAGUGGAGCUUGUGUUCAGUGCCAUGUGGAGUGGGACAGCGCCGCAGAGAGGUGGUGUGUCUGAGUAACCAGGGUGACGUGGAGGAGGAUGAGGAGUGUAACAUGAAUUUAAAGCCAGACACACUACAAAACUGUGAUAUGGGAACCUGUGCCCGCAGCUGGUUCACCUCCCUCUGGAGCCAAUGGUGCUCAGCAGAGUGUGGUAAAGGCAAUAAAACCCGGACAGCAGUUUGUCUGAUGGAUCACAUGACUGAUCUUCCAUUGGACAGCUGUGAAGGAGAACGUCCAGCAGAGGUGACAUCUUGUGAUUCAGGGCCUUGUAUAAAACAGCUGGAGUGGUAUACAGGACCGUGGGGUCAGUGUUCUGCAGAGUGUGGGAAUGGAACGCAGGCCCGGAGCGUAGUUUGUAUUAUCAACAACAGCGGUGACAUGGAGGUUGUGGACCAUUCACAGUGUUCUAGUCUGCCUCAGCCAAUCACAGCUCAGACCUGCAGACUGAAGCCGUGUGGUGUCCAGUGGUAUGUCACAGAGUGGAGUGCAUGCUCCCGCUCCUGUAAUGGUGGAUAUCGUGUGAGGGAGGUGCGCUGUCUUGCUGACAAUAUUGCCCCAAGCGACCGCUGUGACCCCAAUUUUACCCCAGAGAGCCGAGAAGAAUGCAAUAAACAACCCUGCCUCGCUGAAAUAAAUCCAUCGUGCAGCGACCAGUACAAUAAUUGUUUGGUGGUGGUUCAAGCCCGACUCUGCAUUUACCCCUACUACAGAAGUGUCUGCUGCACCUCCUGUUCCCGUGCACAGAAAACCUACCCAAACUCUAUACAAAAGAACAUAAGAAGGUGA